AUGGCGUCCGACGGCAACGCGCUCGCCGAGCAGCUUCAGAAGCUUGGCAUUGACAAGGUCGAAUCGUACCCCAACUGCCACCCCGAUACCAACCCCGUCGACAUCUACCGCUCUCACAUCACGGGCCUUCUGCAAGAGAUCACGGGUGUUGACCCCAAGAUCAUCUACCCCGCCAUCCAGUGGACUCAGACCCUCGACAAGGGAGAUGCUAUUCUCGCUGUCCCUGCGCUCCGGGUCAAGGGCAAGAAGCCCGGAGAGCUGGCUGAGGAGUGGGUUUCCAAGUUCCCCGAGUCUCCCCUGAUCGAGAAGCCUACUGCUAGCGGUCCUUUUAUUUCCUUCUUCUUCAAGACCGACAAGCUCACCAGCCUGCUGCUGCCCACGAUCCGAAACCGCUCUGAUGCCUACGGAAAGAACCCUUACAACGGCCUCAAGGACCCCAGCAACCCCAGCGCCGGAAAGAAGCGCAUGAUUGUCGAGUUCUCCUCCCCCAACAUUGCCAAGCCUUUCCACGCUGGUCACCUCCGAAGCACAAUCAUUGGUGGUUUCAUCGCUUCGCUGUACGAGUACUCUGGCUGGGAUGUCAUCCGAAUGAACUACCUCGGUGACUGGGGCAAGCAGUACGGCCUCUUGGCUCUGGCUUGGGAGAAAUGGGGUGAUGAGGAGGCUCUCAAGGCUGACCCCAUCAACCACCUCUUCAACCUUUACGUCCGAAUCAACGUGGAGAUGUCCGACGAGAAGGAGGCUAUCGAGGCCAAGAAGAAGGCUGGCGAGGACGUCACUGCCCUCCUGGAUGCCUCGCUCGAUGAGCAGGCCCGAAAGUACUUCCGACGAAUGACGGAUGGUGAUGAGGAGGCUGUUAAGCUGUGGCGACGAUUCCGAGAUCUGAGCAUUGUCCGCUACAAGAAGACCUACGCCCGACUCAACAUUGAGUACGAUGUUUACUCAGGAGAGAGCCAGGUCCCCGAGUCCGACAUGGAGGAGGCUGCCAAGGUUCUCGCCGAGAAGUCGCUUACCGAGGAUGCUGACGGUGCUAUCCUCAUCGACUUCUCCAAGCACGUCGCUGGCAAGCAGGGCAAGAGUCUCGAGAAGGUCAUUCUUCGAAAGAAGGACGGCACUGCUCUGUACCUGACCCGAGACAUCAGCGAGCUGCUGAACCGACAGAAGAAGUACAACUUUGACCACAUCAUCUACGUCGUCGCCUCGCAACAAGACCUGCACCUGAAGCAGCUGUUCAAGACGAUUGAACUGAUGGGCCACGACGACAUUGCCAAGAAGUGCCAGCACAUUAACUUUGGCAUGGUACUCGGUAUGAGCACUCGAAAGGGCACCGUCAAGUUCCUCGACGACAUCCUCCGGGACGUCGCUGAGAAGAUGCAUGAUGUCAUGAAGAAGAACGAGAACAAGUACUCGCAGAUUGAAAACCCAGAGGCUGUUGCCGAUAUUCUGGGUAUCAGCAGUGUCAUGGUCCAGGACAUGUCUGGAAAGCGAAUCAACAACUACAAGUUUGAUAUGGAUGCCAUGACCUCCUUCGAGGGUGACACUGGCCCUUACCUCCAGUACGCCCACGCUCGUCUCUGCUCCAUCCGCCGAAAGGCCGGCCUCACCGAUGAGGAGCUGGCGACUGCCGACUUUACCCUUCUGAGCGAGAAGCACGCCACCGACCUCGUCCGUCUGCUCAGCCAGUGGCCCGACGUUGUCCAGAACACUCUCAAGACUCUUGAGCCUACCACCAUCUUGACCUACCUCUUCAAGAUGACCCACGUCCUCAGCUCCAGCUACGACCACCUCCGAAUCGUCGGCAGCGAGAAGGAGCUCCAGAAGGCCCGCAUGGCCCUCUACGAUGCUGCCCGAAUCGUGCUCCACAACGGCAUGAGCCUGCUCGGCCUCACCCCUGUUGAGCGAAUGUAA